GUGCUCUCAAACUCAAUAGAACUUUUAUCUAAAUUAAUUAACUCAUUAGUUUAUAUUUUUAUAAGUGUUUAAUUUUUUUUUUCGUAGCAGUGACUUUUUUCUUUUAAUUUGGUGACAAAAAAUUCAUAUUUCAGAGAGUGUGGACUCUCAAUUAACCAUGAGAGGACAUUUGAUUCUGCCUUUAUUGGGACUACUCGCCCUUGGAUGUGCAGCAAAAUGUCCUGAGCAAAGACAGUCUCCUGGAAGGGAGAUUUUUUGCUAUACGUCAACUUUUGAUAUAAAACAGCUUGAAGAUUCUAUAUGCAGGUGCACGACUCUUGUUCAUCAAGGUCAUGAUCUUCAAGAUCUUGCAGCUACUGGUCUUGCGGAUCUUCACAAGUCCUUGGUACAAUUAAAUCCUGUGCUCCAGUUUGUUAUAAGUAUAAAUGAUGCUCGAGGCAGAUUAAAGACUUCAGCUGAUGCACGACAAGAAGGUGUUGCUCGAAUAGCAAGAAUAUUAAAUCAAGUGGAUGGCGUUGAACUCAAUGUGACGGCGGGAACUAAAGAACGAUUAGUUCACUUCGUUCAAGGGUUGAAAAAUGAAAUCACAAGAAAGUCAUUGAAGAAAAGAAUUAUUUUAGCUUUGCCAACCAAGUCCGAGCAGCUUGCCAAGCAGUUUGACAUUAAGGAACUUUCAAAAUUUGUCGACUUGUUUACUAUUCCGACCCAUUAUUUAACUGAUGACGAGGAAAAUUACAAGACAUUUCAUCCAUCCCGUCUUAUGGGACUCUUUGAUUUACUGAAUACCGACAGCCUGGUUGAUCUUGUUCACGGCCUUGGUGCUACCAAGAGAAAAAUUCUUGUUUCCUUACCAGCAAGUGGUUAUAAAUUUACCCUGAAGAUCAAGGAUCUCAACACACCGCGAGCACCAACUCAGCAAAUAAAUCCUGUGUCUAUCAAUCGGAUCCAACUUUGUCAAGCGAUUAGUCAAGAUGAAUGGACUAUUGAACGAGACGAAGAUCUUACUGCGCCUUAUGCAUUCACAAAUAACACUUGGAUUGCGUUUGAAGAUAAAAUAUCUGCUAAAAUAAAGGGAAAAUAUGUUUUACUUCGUGAUUUAGCGGGUUUAGCUAUCAGAGAUAUUGAAAAUGAUUUGAAAAAUGAUUGCGGAAAUACAAUUACUGAAGAUGUCUAUAAUUCGAUAACUGAUAACAGAAGAAAAACUCGAGAAGCAGUUUUAACGUCUUUAGAAAAUGAUAUUUAUAGUACGGAAACUUUAUACCCGAAAAAUUUAAAAUCUUCAGACUUCAGGAUUUCCCGAAUUGUUGAUACUCAGGGACAAAUUAAAGCUGUGCGUGAAAAUAUUCAAACGGAAUUUUCAUGUCCGCGACAAGGAUACUUUGUCCACCCACACAGUUGCAACAGAUUUUAUCGAUGUGUUAAAUUCGAUCAACAAGUUGAGAACUAUAGUGUCUUUGAGUUUGACUGUCCUGCUGGUUUAGCUUUUGACGAAAGUACUGACGUCUGUGUAUGGCCUGGGUCACUAUCGAAAAGUUCACCAUGUCCUGGAAGUCCUGAAAUUGCACCAUCGACUCCAAGAAGAUUUAGUUGUCCUAAAGAAGGUUAUUACGCUGAUCCUGAAAACUGCCAAUGGUUCUUUGCUUGUAUGGAUCUAGGAGGAGAUAAAAUGUUGGCUUACGAAUUCCAGUGUCCUUACGGAUUAGUAUUUGAUGAAAAUAAAUUAGCCUGCGAAUGGCCAUGGCUAGUUCCUAAGUGCGCUGGUACUAAUUAUGAAAAUAAAGGAUUUGGGGGUGGGCAUGGUGGGCAUAAUCAAGGGGGUUAUGGAGGAUCAGGACAACCUGGAUAUGAUUACGAUGGAAAUCAAGGUAGUUAUGGUGGCCAUGGAAGUAAUGAAGGUGGUUACGAUGAAUCAUCUCAAGGUGGUGGUGGUUAUUAUGGAGGCAAUGAUAAUUCGGGUUAUGGAGGGUCAGGGCAUCCAGGAUAUGACGGAUCAAGUGGAGAGGAUGGGUCCUACGGACAUGGUGGUUAUGGGGGCAAAGGUAAUGGAUAUGAUGGUUCUUCAGAAGGAGGCCAUGGUGGGUCAGGACACCCGGGAUAUGACGGGUCAAAUGGAGGAGAUGGACAUGGUGGUUAUGGGGGAAAAGGUAAUGGAUAUGAUGGUUCUUCAGAAGGAGGCCAUGGUGGGUCAGGACACCCAGGAUAUGACGGUUCAAGUGGAGGGGAUGGCUCCUAUGGUCAUGGUGGUUAUGGGGGAAAAGGUAAUGGGAAUGACGGUGGAUAUGAUGGAUCUUCAGAAGGAGGCAACGGUGGGUCAGGACCUGGGCAUGAUGAAUCACAUGGUGAUGAUGGUUCUUACGAAGGCAAAGGUAUGGAUUAUGAUUAUGAUUAUGGUGGAAAAGGUCAUGGAAAUCAAGGUGGCCAUGGUGGAACAAAGCAGUCUGGACAUGAUGAAUCACACGGCGAAGAUGGCUCUUAUGAUGGCAAAGGCAUGGAUCAUAAUUAUGAUGGAAAAGACCAAGGAAACCAAGGUGGUAAUGGUGUAUCAAAACCAUCUGGAUACGACAAACCAAAUGGGGAAGAUGGUUCUUAUGGAGGCAAAGGUAUGGAUUAUGAUUAUGGUGGAAAAGACCAAGGAAAUCAAGGUGGUCAUGAUGUGUCGAAACCUUUUGGAUACGACCAACCAAAUGGGGAAGAUGGUUCUUAUGAAGGCAAAGGUAUGGAUCAUGGUUAUGAUGGAAAAGACCAAGGAAAUCAAGGUGGUCAUGGUUUAUCGAAACCUUCUGGAUACGAUGAAUCACAUGGUGAAGAUGGUUCUUAUGGAAACAAAGGUAUGGAUUACGACUAUGAUGGAAAAGACCAAGGAAAUCAAGGUGGUCAUGGUGGUUCAAAACCGUCUGGGCAUGAUGAAUCACACGGCGAAGACGGCUCUUAUGAAGGCAAGGGUAUGGAUCAUGAUAACGGUGGAAAAGACCAAGGAAAUCAAGGAGGUUAUGAUGAAUCUUCCAAUGGUGGCCAUGGUGGAACAGAGCAGUCCGGACAUGAUGAAUCACAAGGUGAAGAUGGCUAUGAAGGCAAGGGUAUGGAUCAUGGUUACGAUGGUAACAGUGGUAAAGAUGAGGGAAAUCAAGGCAGCUACGAUGAAUCUUCUCAAGGUGGUUACGAUACUCAUGAAAGUAAAGAACCCGAAGAUGAUGGUAGCUACCACGAGCCUUCUCCUGAAAAUGAUGGAGGCUAUGGAACCCGUACUACCAGUAUUAAUUACGGCAUGAAAGACCAAGAAAAUCAAGCUGGGCAUGAAGGAUACACAACUAUUAGCGGUCAUACAUCUUCUAAAGCCGGCUACCCUUCAGUAUUACACAGCGGAUACACUCCAUCAGCUGGAGGAGGCUACUCAACUGGAGACUCUGAACACUCGACUCUCAUUGCUGGAUCACAAAAGCCACAAUUUACUACUUCUGGUUACACUUAUCCUCAACCAGAAAAUAAAGGACACACAAUAAACCAAGGAUACGAUGAUGGUAAUUUCGGUUUUACCGGAAGCUUAUCGACUCCUCAAGGGCCUGUAUACCGCGGCGAUGCUAGUAAAUUUACUAAAGCUACGCAUACUUCAGAAGCCAUCACAACUGAUGUAUACAAAAGCGGAAAUUCACAAACAGGAUACGUCAAAAGUGAUUACGGAACCACAUCUCCAGGUCUAUUUACUGCAGGUAAAACAUUCCCCGGAGUCUUAGAUACCAGCAAUACAAUAAUUCCCCAUAGACCAACAUCUUUUGGUAACGAAUUCUAUCCCAAUCAAGCCAGAGAAUCAUUUACUCCAAGUGGUACUUUCAAAAAUCAAGGGACUUUUACCUCAGCAAGCUCAUCUUUAACCACCGGCAAUCAAUUCUACACCAACGAAGCCAACAUAUAUAGCACAGGAGCUGGUUCUCCAGGACAAACGUUCACUCCAUCAUUCAGACCGAUUGCUUCUACUGGAAGCGGAUACUACACCGGAGGUUCUGGAUCCAAGGAACGAACAUUUACGCCAUCAUUUACUUCUACUGGAAAUGAGUAUUAUAAUAGAGCUGCUGGAUCUAAAGGACAAACAUUUACGCCAGCAUUUACUUCUACUAGAAAUGAAUAUUAUAAUGGAGCUGCUGGAUCUAAAGGACAAACUUAUACGCCAUUUACUUCAUUUACUUCCACUGGAAAUGAAUAUUACACAAAUAAAGCCAGUGAUUCAUACAACGGAAACGGUAAUUCAAAUAUACCGCACGGUUAUACUCCAUCAAUUACUUCUAUUGCUACUGAAAAUGAAUACUAUAAUAAUAAUAACGAUAUUAAUAAUAAAUUCACAACAACUGAUUUCCGUAAAACCACUUUUACUCCAUCAAUGGCAACUAGUUAUCCAGGAAAUCCCUAUUACACAAUUCAACCAGGAUACAAUAAAAAUAUCAGUACAUCCCGUGGAACUCUGUUCACUUCUGAAAUGUCUGUAACAUCGGCCGGUAAUCAAUUUUUCCCCAAUCAAGCAGGUAAUCCAACUUCAACAAAUCUUGAAAUUCCAAUAACGACAGCUGAUGAUGGCACUGGUUACAAAACUAAUGAAUAUCACGACAACGGUGGACGCGGUACAAUUCGUUACAACAAUGGCCUAGUUACGCACAAGUAUACUGAAGAUGAUAUACGUCUGCAUCAUACAUCUUUUACUAUUAAUCCAACACCAGACUACGCUCAGACAAAUCCGGUUACGUUGAGUUCCGGUGGACUUUACACACGUGGGGGAUUUACCAAAAUAGGUCCGACUAAAACAGGAAUUACUACUGCCCAGGUUGGAGGAACCGGAAGCUACGUCGCUGCUGAGCUUGACAAUAGACCGACUUCUAAACCAGAUCAAAUUGGCGCGAAUGCUUUCGGUACCGUAAGUCAAUCACCUGAAAAAGAAAAUCCACAAUCAUAUUCUACAGGUGAAAAAAUUACAGUCGAUUUUUCAAAGACUAAAACUGAACAGGAUUCAAAUACUGUAACAUCUGGUUACUCGUACGAUAAACCGACCGCUCAAUUGAAUACUAUUUCUACAAAAUCGCAAUCUGCUUCUUAUCAAGGCCAAGAUAAUUCUGUUCCUACGCUUACUCCUUUCUUGAAUGUCGAUGUAUACAACAAUCCAGGUGUUGCAACAUCAUCACCGGCGGUUGUUAAUACGUACUCCUACGCUAAAUCAACGGGUCCGCAGUAUCAGGAAAACAUGUAUCAGUAUGAUAAGACAUCUACUGCUGCCUCUGCCGGAGAAUACUCAGAGUCUCUGUCUAAAACUACCCAGAGAAAGUAUCCAACUGUUGGUUACACAACCGGCCCUCUUGAUGAUUAUCAGACGACGUUAUUCGAGGCCGCGAGAAUUCCGACUGUUUCAAGAGUUCGACCGGUUAUUGAUACCGGUUUUAAAACUGUCAUAUCCCCGACAGCGGCUCCAGUUACCGUAGCAACUACUCAUCAAAAUAAUUUUGAUAAUAAAAAUAUUAUGACUAAUUCGGUUAAUGGUAACGAUGAUUCUUCCCUUAAUGUCAGGGUAUCCUUCGAACAAACUAAUGGUCAGCAAUCAACACUCGCUGAAGAAAAUAAUUAUAAUAAUGAAGUCACGAAAACGGGCGAUGAAUUUGCUGGAUAUACCUACGAUCGAACUGAUAGCGAUUUUGAAGGCAGGAGUUAUAAUAAAGAAUCUACUACUGAAGCGGUUGCUUACCAACGAACUGCAGCUAAUCCUGAGGACUCGAAGAGGCCAACAUUCAUAAUAUCCUACACAGAAUCAUCUAAAUUUGAUGAAAAUAAAGACUCAUAUGAUACAAGUGACGUGAGUUAUAGUAAACCACCAAUUGAAUUUGUCAGUACUGAAGCUCCAACUCUCGAGCCAACAGAGUAUCCAUCAACAUCAUCAAACCCUAUGAUUACUCGCGAUCAAAUUAAAAAACUAGUCUCAAAUUAUAACCGCGGUACCGUUAAAUACGCUCCGGCCGACUAUGACGAAAUUCGUUACUCUUCUGGAUUAUCUGGCACACAACCAAAUGUUCCCGAAUACGAAACAAAUGCUCACGAUGACUCCAAUAAAUAUGAUUUAUCCGAAGACGGAUCUCCAACGGAAAGUAAUCGUUACCAGUCUACAAAUUUCCCGUCAAUUAGAAAAUCAUCAUUGUCAUCAGUAUCAGAAUCCGUAGGCACUUUAUCUAAAAAUACCUACACAACAAAUCAGCCAUCAGUUACAACGUACUCCGGUAACUACAGAAAAAGUUUAACAACACAAACAUCCGAAUUAAUUUCAAAAUCAAGUGAAGUUGCUCAAACCAAAACAGCGAUGGGGAAAGUAAUCGUGAAAUUCAGUGAUCUACAUCCGCUUUUAUUGGGUAAAUUAAGUGCCGAGUGUACUUGUAAAGCUGAUCCAUUUGCCAUUCGUGGAAACAAACCAUUGUUGAUAGAUUCAUCUAACGGGAAAGUUGAUUUAAGUAAUUACGACGAAUCAGAUAUUUAUGUCGAGUUAGAAAAGAGCAAAGAGUCGUCAUUAGACAAUUAUGAUGAUUCAAUUACUGUUUACAGUUCAUCUACAAAAUCCCCAUUGAAAAAAAUUUCUAGCCGAGUGACUCCAGUUGUUGCUCAAUUUAAUGGAGUAACAAAGUCCGCUAAUUUACGAAGACCUUCUUCGACUUACUUACCAGCCUAUCGCACUUCGUCUUCAUCUUCAAAUAAUCAACAAUCUACGACCUCUUCAUCUUUACGAGUCUCUGCUAGCGACAUAGAAUAUUCAACGCGAGCUAGAUCUCGUAGUGGUAAAAGUAUCGGUACUUUUAGGUCAACCAAUUCACCUGAUCAAGUUACUGAAUCAAUAGCCUCAGCUGCUGCUGAUGAUAGAAUUGAUUAUGGAGAAGUUGGUGUACUUGAAUUAAAUCCUGAAGGUAAAGCCGAGUGUGCGCGACCUGGAUUAUUUAGACAUCCGAAAUACUGUAAUAAAUUUUACGCGUGUCAUUGGGACAACUGGAAGAAAAAGUUUACACUUCAUAUAUUCAAUUGCCCGAUUCAUUUGACCUUUGACAAUAAAGCUGCUGCGUGUAAUUGGCCAACAAAAGGUCCAGCUUGUCAAGAUAACAAUCUUCUGAUUUAAAAAAAAAAAAAAUAGUAGACGUUGAUUGAUAAUUUCUAUUCUUAUUGAUGCGCUGAAUUUCUAUUUUUUAUUUCGGGUUUUCUUUAAUCAUCAGUUAAAUGAUAGAAAUUUUUUACAAAACUCAAAGAGAAUAAUAAUUAUGGUUUUGAGUAUAUGGUAAAUAAUAAAUAAGUGAUUGUAUUAUGAACUGAUAUUAAGUAGCGCGAAAGCGCGUCACUGUCACCGCAUCGAGUGAAAGUCGAUCGAAGUUGUCGAUCCAAAUUCACAUUGACAUGAUCCCUUAUAGAUCAAAUUAUAAAUAAAUAUAAAUAUAUACAUAUAAGUUAAAAUGCUAUAAUUAUAAAUAACAUUUGAUUGAAAUUUAAAAAUUAUAUAUGUAAAUAAAAUUUUAUUAUUAAUAUUCUGAAUUUUCGAAAUUUGUAAAUAAAAAUAAAUAAAAUAUUACUAUUAUUUUUUUUUCUAAUGUCAUUGAUAUUAUAUAUUAAAAUAUGUCAUUGCGUAAAUAUUAUAAUCAUGAAUAAUUAAUAAUAAGCCUUUUGUAAUACUCUCCAUUCUAUAUUUCUUAA